AUGGAUAUAAGUUUCGAAGAGGACGAUAGAAGCACUUUGGAUGGAAGUAAUGAUGAAACUGACACUUUAACACAUAAAACCAUCAACAAACAUGAAAGGUCCUUAGAAAAUAGGAUAAUGGAAGCUACCAUAGGACAAAUAUGCCCGCUUAAUGAUCCACAUCCACCUACAAGCAGUGGUGGAAUAAUAGAAUCCAAAUGUUUAAAGCUUAAAAACAUUGAAGAUUCAUCAGUGAGCGUUUUCGUAGAUGAAAAAAUGCCCUUCAAAGAGAUCGUUAGCUCUGCUCAUAAAAUAGAUGAGCCAAAAGAUUCAGCCCAACUUAUAAGGCACCUUUCUCCAAUUCCAAGAACUAAAAUCGUACAAAAUAGGCUGUCAAAGGGUACUACAGCAGCUCAGGUUUUAACCGAAAGACCAUACAAAAAUGACUUAGAAAAGAAAAGUGAUGAUAAUGAGAAGAAGAAAGUAAAAUUAAACCUAAAUAAAGGAGCCAAAGGAAAAGUAGGAUACGCCACAAGAAUAAAUUAA